AUCCUGCGCGCGCGCUUCUGGAGCAGAGUUGCAGGCGCGGCGGUGAGUGUGAGUCGCUGCUCAGCUCCUCGCGCUUUAUUUGAUCUUUAUUAUUAUUAGUAGUAUUAUUAUUAGUAUUAUUAUUGUUAGUAUUAGUAUUAGUAUUAUUAUUAUUAGUAGUAGUUAUUAUUAUUUAUUCCUUUUUAUUUCUGAGCCGAACCUCGUUGGUGUGAAGGUGUUUGGAGCGCGCGCGCGGCUCAGGUCCUGUCCUCUCAGCCGGAUCUCGGUUCUUCAUCAGCGGCAUGUUGGGAUCACGUGCAGCGGAUCCCGGGAUUCACUCCUUCCUCCUCCUCCUCCUCCUCCUCUUACACGGGAAUAACUAUUAAAUAAACAGAUAAAAGAGAGAAAACUUUACAUCUUUGCGGAUUUAUUUCACCGGAUCCUGGUGGUGAUGAUGAUGAUGAUGAUGAUGAUGAUGAUGAUGAUGGUGGUGGUGAUGAUGAAGGGUCCGCGCGCGCUGGAGGCUGUUCGGGAUUUUUAACAUUUGUGUCCGUGUGUGGGAAUUUAAAAAGAUCGUAAACAGAAACAUUACAGUUUGUUUGAGAUUGGUCUCGCGCUUCCAUCAUGCGGCUGUAUCUGUGCGGAUUCCUGCUCCUGUUAGACGAUCUGUUUGUCUCCGUGUCCUCGUCCUUGUCCUCCUCCUCCUCCUCCCCCUCUCCGGACUUUGUGGACUGUGUGAGGGCGAGUGAGGUGUGUAACCUGAGUCCUCAGUGCAGCUCUCGUUAUCGCAUCAUGAGGCAGUGCCUCGUGGGUAAGGACUGGAACUCCAUGUUGGCCAAUAAGGAGUGCCAGGCGGCGCUGGAGGUUCUGCAGGAGACUCCGUUGAUGGAGUGUCGCUGUAAACGAGGGAUGAAGAAGGAGAUACAGUGCCUGCAGAACUACUGGAGCAUCCACAUGGGCUUCAGUGAAGGAGAAGAUUUCUACGAAGCGUCUCCGUACGAGCCUCUGCCUCCUGUCCGCCACUCCGAUGCCGUCCGUCUGGCCUCCAUCAUCUCCAGUAUGAACACCGGUACAGGUAAAGCUCCAUCUCAUUGUUCUGAUGCCAGUCGUACCUGUAACCAGUGUCUGGAUGCCACAAAAGCGUGCAACCUAAACGAUAACUGCAAGCGUCAACGCUCCAACUACAUCAGCACGUGCACACGCAGCGAGUGCAACAGGAAGCGCUGUCACAAGGCGUUACGUCAGUUCCUGGAGCGCGUGGAAUCACAGUACAGCUUCGGCCUGCUGUUCUGUUCAUGCCACGACCACGGCUGCGCCGAGAGGAGACGCCAGACCAUCGUCCCCGGCUGCGCCUACGAGGACAAGCUCAAACCAAACUGCCUGCAGCUGCGCAAGACCUGCCGCCUCGACCCCUUCUGCAGGUCAAGACUGGCGGAUUUCCAUACACACUGUCAGAUGAGUGAGGACUCCAUCAGCACCUGUCCUAAUGACGACUACCAGGCCUGUCUCACUGCCUACACCGGCCUCAUUGGGACGGACAUGACUCCUAACUACGAGGACGCCAAUCACACGGACUUCUCCAUCUCACCGUGGUGCAGCUGCAAGAACAGCGGAAACCAGGAGGAAGAGUGCGAGAAGUUCCUGCGGGACUUCAGAGAGAACACCUGUCUGCGUAACGCUAUACAGGCAUUUGGGACGGAUGUCCCAAAGACUACAGCAUCAACGAAUCCCAAUGUCCCUCGCACAAACCCGACUGUUUACCCCAACACCACCAAACCCGAAUACGAGGAAAACGAACCAAAGUGCAGCACUUCAAAAGAUAUCACCUGUGAAGAAGACGAGGACGUUAUAGGACCUGACGAGAACCCUGUGUGGAACCCCUCAAACUGGAGUGCCAGACUGGCGCUCUGCACUGAGGCAUGGAUGUUCUCACUGGUCUUCGCUUUGGGAAACAUUGCCCUCUGAACUUCAACUCAACCUGAAGUCUUAACCCUGAGGGAGUCUCUGGACCCUCCACCAAAAUACAGAAUCACUUCGCUUGUCUGUCUGUCCUCUCUAUACUGCAAUGUUAUUUCUUACCAAAAAAAAGAUCAACAAAGACAAAAAUAAGGCGUGAGAGCAUCGUAAAGCGCGCAUCUAUCUGAGAUCAGUGGAGAACAGAACAAUAAGAGAAAAGUCGUUGAUAGAUGAUAGAGGAAGUUGACAGUAAUGACUUUGUCUCGAUAUUAAGUGGGAUGAACUGAAUACAAAGUCUCCCUUGCUUUUAUUUUUGGUAAAUCUGUACAGCGUCCUGUCUGGACCACACCUUUUGACCAAAUUGGGGUGCCAUCAACCCAACAUUGUGGAGCCAAAUGGAAUCCUAGUCUAUAGUUCUACUCUGGAAACCACUAUGAUGACACAGAAGCCUCCAUCAUGACCUUCUACACAUCUGCGACCUUGGAUUAACUUUGAGAGAAAUGUGUCACUGCCAUGCUGUUACACACAGAUUCUACCAUUCUGAGAAAAAUAGUGGUGACCCUUGACCCUUUAGGACCACAGGGUGCCUUUAUACCUGGAGAAAUAAGGGACCCUGAAACCACCAUUUUUGAGGAACAUGUCUUCAUCAUUGGUUUGCACCUUGAGCAAACCAAGCCUCCAGCCUGAAUCACACCAUCUUCAGUAACAACUGGGAUUUUAAAAUGCCCUUAAGCCCCCCCCACCCCCCCCCCCCCACCCCCCACCCCCCGGACUCCACAUCUUUCAGUAAAAACAGGGUGCAGUCAUGCCUUUACGCCUGGAUUCCACCGUUCUCUUUUCCGACCCUGUACACCACCAUCUUUGAGAAAAACAUCAAGGCCUGGCAAACUUCUCCAACCAUGGAAAAAUGUUGUCAUCCCAUCAAGAUUUUGAACCUACCAUCUUUGAGAAGCACUGGGGGUACUAUCAUCCCCCAGAUUCCACCAUUCUGAGACAAAUAUCUUGACCCUGAAAGCCACCAUCUUUGAGGAACACAUCCCCAUCAUGGUUUCUCAUCCUACCUCAUCCCUGGAUCGCACCAUCUUCAUAACGGGAAAACAUGGGGUGCAGUCAUACUUUUACACCCAGAUUGAACCGUUCAGGGGAAAUAAAGAGUCUCUCCUGAACCUGAAAACAUCCCCAUUACUGCCUGGACACCACCAUAUUCUGUGGACAAAAUAUUCUGUGGGUCUGUCCUGACCAUCUUUUCUUUUGACCCUACCUCCAACACAAGACUGCACCAUCUUCAAGAACGCCUGGGUUUACUAAAUUCUAUUCAGCAAUCCUUUUCCAUCCUGGACUCCACAAUUUUUAAGAAACAGAGGGUUCCAUCGUGGCUGUGCACCCUUCUUCGACCGGCCAUCUUUGGAUGAAAAUGGAGUCAUCCCAUGAUUUGGAUCAUUUUUUGAGAAGCACUGGGGAGAAAUUGGGACAGAUAUUGCGUUCACAAUUGGACUAUACCAUCUUGGAGAAAAACUGUGCAGUCACACUCUGGAUUCUUCAGCUCCUGGCAUGUUCUUACAACCUUUGACUCCACCAUCUUUCAGAGAGUUGGAGUUUCAUCAAGCCGUUAAAACCCUGAACUUUUGGAAUAAUCUAUUCAUAUUCGUAACGUUCCAUCCUUCUGAGUGUAUCCGUUGUUCCCUUUUUCUGAAAGGCGGUUUUAGAUUUUGCUUUCAUGACUCCUCUUUUCUCUUUUCUCACUCACUUUUUGUCGGUCCGGAGUAAUUACCUUCAUCGUGGCGUGUUUAUUUCCGAGUGAAGUGUUUGAAUUCUAAAUCCGCAUCCUGUCGACACGAUGCGAGAGCACGUCGUCGUUGACAGCUUUCUCAGUCCCGUUAUGCACUUUCCUGACAGAUUUAACUCAAGGAAAAGAAAAGAAAGAUGAAAAAGUAAUCAUCUAAAAAGAUCUAAUCCAGAAGAGUGACCACUUAAAGAGAAUUCGUUCCAGUCUCAAGUGGGCUUGCGAUGCUAAUGGGCCGCCCACGUGUAUAAUUUUAUCCUUUGAAAUAUGAUUUUUUUUUUCUUUUUAAUUGUACAUAAUUAUAAUGUGAAAGUCUUGAAGUCAAGAACGAUGAUUGUAUUGAAUAUUGUUAUUAUUAUAAUUCUUAUUCUGGGGUGAUUGAAGGGAACAGAAAGGAGAGUAUUGAACGCUGCAUGUUCAGACCGGAUCCAUCUGGAUUUCCUGAAGAAUUGAUAAAAAAACACACGAGAAGAGGAAGGAGUUUGGACACACUUUCACAAGUUUGGUCAUUGUCACAAUAGUUCUCCAAAGGACUUGAACACUGAGACAGUGUAGAGCGUCAGACAGUUACCUGCUGAGAAAAGACCGGGAUGUUGUCGUCAACCGAAAUGAUUUCAUGUACCGUGGAACUGCGACCAGGAAACGAACUUCCGAGCACGCGAGUUACGAACUGCACACCCUGCUUUCGUGUCACGUCAUAUACCGUUUCUACAAAAUGAAAUAAUCUCGUUGUGUUUAUCCAGUUAUGUGCAAUCUAUUACGUGGCCUUAUUUUUUCCCUCAUAGUUCACGUUGAAGGUGGACUCGCACCAGAGACGCAAAGGACGCUGGGUAACACUACAGAAUAAACGCAGAUCCGUAUGCAUCAUAACGAAAGGAACUGAAGCAAUUAACGUUUAUGUAAAUAUCAAUAUUCAGAAAACUGUAAAAAACUAAAAAAAAAAAAAAAACACACAGAACGAUUACCAAAAGGGUUCAUCUAGAUGUCUCAAGCAUAUGUACCUGUUUAAGUGAUGUAAGCUAAUGCUCCAUUCGACAGCACUGAGUCGACGCAGCGUGUACUGAGGAAUAUUUUCACAGAAAGUUCCAUGUUUUCCAUUGCUAUGGCAAUGGAGUGAUAAAAAAAAAGCUUGCUUUGCAGAACUGAAAGUAUAUUGUAAAGAACAAAAUGUCCUUUUUUUCAUUAUAUUAAAGUCAUAAUUCAUUUAUAA